AUGUUUUACUUUAGCUACGAUGAUGAUCAAUAUCGCCACAAUAAAACUGAAGGUCAACAGUAUUUUCUUAAGCCGUUUAAGGAACUGCCUUCCUCUGUGCAAAAUGUGUUCACACGACUGGGAAAAAUUGCUUUUGAUGGAAUUAAAAACGGAAGACUAAUUUUUGAAUCACACCAAGUUAACGACCUAAAGGGUAAUGGCCUGUUUCACCGUUUACCUGAUUUUAGAGACCGUCCUUUAGCAGAGGGAAGAGCGCAAUAUUGCUUUUUACACCUGACCUUACAGGAGUUCUUGGCAGCAAAGUAUUUGGUGGACACGUUGAGUUCCAAACAACUGCGGCGUUUUGUUUCCGCUCACAUCAAGGAUGGCGCGUGGAAGGUUGUGAUGCAGUUUGUGGCUGGACUGCUGGCUGAAAAAGAAGGACAAUCAACAGAUAUUUUCAGCGGCCUUCUUCCCUCAAAAACUUUUGAUCUAGAAGUUGACAUCAAGAUGAAUGAAGAUUCAGAGGAACAACCUGAAAAACUGACCUAUUGGCCAGCAGUUCUUCAACACAGGUUAUUAGUGGUGACGCUAUUCAAUUGCAUGUAUGAGAACAAAGCCUCUGAUCGAGAAGUUCAAAAGAAACUGGCGAAAAUUGGUUGUAAUGCGCUUGAUUUUAGGUGGUGUAACCUGUCACCUCUCGACUUUUUAGCAUUAGUGCAUGCACUUAAAUCUGUUGAAGGAAUUUUGUAUUUUGAUUUAACCGUCAACAACCUUCAGUCGCUAGGAUGUAUUGAGAUUGCGAAGUUGUUACCUGGCAACCAACACAAUCAGGGUUUUUGCGAACUAAAACGUUUAGACCUCGGGGGUAACAACAUAACUGAUGAAGGAGUAAAACAUUUAUCCACAGCACUCACACACACUAACUGCACACUAAACAGCUUAGACCUCAGGGAUAACAACAUAACUGAUGAAGGAGUAAAACAUUUAUCCACAGCACUCACACACACUAACUGCACACUAAACAGCUUAGACCUCUGUCAUAACAACAUAACUGAUGAAGGAGUAAAACAUUUAGCUACAGCACUCACACACACUAACUGCACACUAAACAGCUUAAACCUCAAGUAUAACAACAUAACUGAUAAAGGUAAAAAUCUCCUAAAGUCAUUGAACAUAAACUGUAAAGUAAGUUUCUAA